UUUGCUUCUUGAAGAGUGUAAUAGUUUCUAACUUUGAAACGUUCAACUCAUCUCCUUUACCAUGUGUAUAUAUAUGUACAAUACUUGAUCGUAAAUCCCAUGCAAACUUAUAUAGAACAGUAUUUAUAAUAAAUAUUUCUCAAAGAACUCACCACUUUUAUAUAUUUCUAAUAAUUAUUUCUCAGUCAAUCAAUGGAGUUCGGAGACAUGAGUGCCAAUUCUUGAAGUUCAUCUUCUUCCUCACUCCAAAUGGUGGCGCCCAACCCCAAGAGAAGCUCCGGCAGGAAGGUGUUCAAGGAGACGCGCCACCCAGUCUACAGGGGCGUGCGGCGGAGGAGCCGCGGCAAAUGGGUGUGUGAAGUGCGUGAGCCCAACAAGAAAUCAAAGAUAUGGCUUGGGACUUUCUCCAACCCGGAGAUGGCCGCCGUGGCACACGACGUCGCUGCCCUAGCACUGCGUGGGGACAACGCGAUGCUCAAUUUCCCCAGCUCCACCUACCGCCUCCCCCGCCCCCACUCGUCCUCCCACCAAGACAUCAAAAGCGCCGCCGCCCAAGCAGCCAGGGAGUUUAGUUCUUCAGCUUCUAUUUCAUUAAUGUUAAUGUCGGAAAAUGCAAGUCAUCAGAAUGGCAUUCAAUAUCCUUCGGAUUCACUUCAUGCGGAGAUUACGGAUCAGCAAAAGAUUGAUGAUGGAGAAGAUGAGUUUGAACGUGAUCGUGGGGAAGAUGAGGAUAAUAUUGGAUAUAGAGACGGGUUCGUGGACGAGGAGGCGUUAUUUAGCAUGCCGAUUUUGCUAGAUAGCAUGGCGGAGGGCAUGCUACUAACUCCACCGGCUAUGAAAAAAGGGUUUAAUUGGACUUCUCAAGAUGAAGAUGAAGUGAUAGACUUAACUUUGUGGGGGGCUAACUAGCAUCUUCCCUAGCGGAUAUGAAAUAAAUACAAUUAAUUAAUAAUACACGUCGUGCCUAUAAAAUCUUGUUUUGAAUAUAAAGAUAUAACGCAGAUUUUAUGCACGAGGUAGUGUAUAUAUGAAGCACAAUACCAAUACGAGACAUUAACGUUUGAACACUUUGUCUAUAUGUAGAAGAUUUAGACCGGAAAUAAAUUAAUGUAGUAGACUAGAGCUAAGGAAGCAUGAAACCUAGCAUGGGGUUAGCGGAUUAUAUCCUGCUUCUGAAUUAUUGUUUGCUAUCAUCAUAUUUUUAAU